AUGGCUCUGCUGUCAUUCAUCUAUUUGAUUGGCUCGCUACGGACGAAUAUAGUCUUUCUUCUCAUCUUCGUUGUCGCAACGAUCGGAUUUUCUAUGGCAGCGGCAGGCUUCUUCUCACUAGCAUUGGCCAACAAUGCUUACGGCGAACAGAUGAUUAUCGGCACCGGUGCAUGUUUCUUCGCUGCAGCAGUAUUCGGGUGGUAUUUAACGCUCGCCGCGAUUAUUGAGAUCCAGGAGGUACCGAUUCCCUCGCUACCACUCGUCGACCUAAGCACAAAGAUUAAGGCGAAGUCGCUGGUGAGGGCCGCAAAAGACGCCAAGCGGUCACAGUAG